UUUUGCUCUGUCUGCCAGGCUGAGUUGGUUUCAGACAGUGCAUCACAAACACACACACAUACACGUGCCACUCUGUGUCUAGUAGCUCUCCACUCAUCUCCUCUCUCCUCCUCCUCUCUCACCAUGGAGUCACAUCACUGAAGAGUGGAACAUUCCUCCUGUUUUCUCCUCUUCUCUCCUCUUCACUUCAUUCGGUGUGUUUGGGUGUCUGUUUGAAGGUGGGAAUGCUCGUGUCCGCGACAGCGCUGUUGGGGGCUACGCUGGGUACCGUGUCUGGAGUGUUGACACUGUGUGGUCUCUCCCUGCUUUGCAAGAGCUGCAAGAAGGGGAAACUUGAAAGAGGGGACGAGACUGACCCAGAGAAAGCAAAACCCAGUAUCCUGCAUACUUUGACACAGUUCAGCGUGCAGAAGUGCACAGAACCCAUCCAGCCUCAAGCAUCUUUGAAGUUUCCUAGAAUCUACCGCCCCAAACCUUCUGUCACUUCUCAAGAGGUAAUAAACUACAAAGAACAUGGAGCUGCCAACGACACGUCUGCUGCCGAGCUCGACACCUGUAACCAGGCAACAGAACGUGAGGAGGUCUUCUCCCUCCCGCGGCAAGUUUCCGCAGAUGAAACGCCUUGCACAUCUGAGCAAACCGGUGCCAUGACGACAAGUAGCUCCAUCCUAUAUCCUAAACUGCAUUUCUCCAUCAGCCUGCACAAAGAGAAUGGAGAGCUACAUAUCAGCAUUGUAGAAGCGGAGAAUAUAUCAGUGGAGGCCGGAUGUGAGGGAUAUAUAUCAGGGUGUGUGAGCGUCUCUGAAGAACAGAAGCACGCUCACACAGCCGUCCACAAGCUGGCAGCGCAUGUGCAGUGGGGAGAGGAGCUUGUGUUCGCUCCCAUGGAGGGCACAGAAGACACAGACAGUCUAGAUGGAGAGGUGGCCCUCUCUCUUCACUGCUGUGAUCGAUUCUCCCACAACUCCACUUUGGGCACGAUGCGCUUUAAGCUGGCUGACAUAAGCAUGAUGUUGGACGCUGAUUGCUGGGUUGACUUACAGCCACCCAAACAGCAGGAAGUGGCAUCAUCAGCUGGAGAACUACUGUUGUCGCUCAGUUAUCUGCCAGCAGCCAAUAGACUUGGGGUGGUGGUAAUGAAGGCUAGAGGACUUCAGUCAGACAAACUGAAAGACAACAUAGAUUUAUCUGUAAAGUUGACCUUGAAACACCAAAAUGCCAAGCUGAAGAAGAAGCAGACACGGCGAGUGAAGCACAAAAUGAAUCCGGUCUGGAACGAGAUGAUGAUGUUGGAGCUGCCCAGUGAGCUGCUGGCUAAAUCCAGUGUGGAGUUGGAGGUACUGAACCUGGCCAGUCCCGGGACCCUGCUCCCCCUGGGCCGCUGCAUGCUGGGGCUCCACACCUCUGGCACUGGCUUGCAGCACUGGAAACAGAUGCUAGAUAAUCCACGCAAGCAAAUUGCAAUGUGGCAUCCUCUAUAUACCUAAGAAUACAGGUUAACAUUCUCCAAAACACCACCUAUACGCAAUGAUCGGUUAAACGUGGUUGGAUUGUAAUGAUAGUACUCUAUUCUUGUGUAAAAAUAUGUAGUACUCCAAUAUAAUAAAUAUUUAACUAGACAUAAUGAGUGAACUCAGUUCAGAAUAUGAAACUAUUUUCUCUGCAGGUAAAAUGGAGAGAGUCACAGUACUAAUAUUGUUACACAGUAGAUUAGAGUAUGUUAAUGUAAGCAGUGCUGCAUUUACCUUUGGUGUUGUUGUUAAUGUGUCUUCAUAUUACUCAAUGCUAUUUUAAACUGGUCCAACUUGGAGUCAUCUCCUAACACUCGUCAGAUAUAAAAUAUGACUCAACAGCCCACUCGGUCAAUAUCAUACUGACUGAUGGAAGUGAGAGGCAAACGGCUCAAAUCUGAUAUACUGUAGAGUGUAAAGCCUGGCUGGAUCAGAUCAGGAGAAAGGUUAAACCUCUGUAUCUAACCAGGUUUGGCAGAACAGAUGUCCCUCAUAACUCAUCACAAAUGAACAGUCACAACAAAUAUUAGGUUAAAGAAAUCUUUGUCAGAUGAAGCCCUUAUAUGAUCCACAGCCAGAAAACAUUAUAACUCAGAAGUCAGUCUACUGUGGUCAGGAACACUUAAACACAUUUAAACACAUAAUAAAAUAUAAACACAUAAAACACAUAAUUGAUUUUUAAGUUUAAUAGCAAACAGUUUGUCUUUCCUGCUAUGAAGGUUUAUGGAUCCUUAGUCACACUGUCACAGCUGGAAAGAUAAAGCCCUGCUCACUAACAGUAGACUAUGGCUAGUACCUUUACAGCAGUAACGCACUAAAUAAAUAUACAGGGUCUCAAUAGGGCAGCUUUACUCUUCUCAAGAUGCAUGUAUACAGAAAUAAAUGUAAAUGUACCAUUGUCUUCUAAUUUAAAAAAUGUAAAUAUACACUGUAUAAACAGUAGGAUAUAUAUACUACAUGUGUAUUAGCAGGAUGAAGGAUCUCAGCAGGUACGGCCUGGGUCCAGGAAAGUUACUAAGGGCAGUUACUUUAUUGUCAUUAUACCCUUGACUGUAAUGGUGGAUGAAGCUCUCUAGCAUUGCUGUAUUUUAGGACACUUUGGAUGAAAAAAUGAAAUUUACUAACUGGAAUGAAAA